AUACGCAAGACCAUCGCAAAUCACAUGCGAAUAUCAUAACGUCUGUGGAGCCCUUAAUCUAACGUUGACUAUUUUUACUGUCUGUGGUUUGUUUUAUGUGUAUUUGUUGGCAAUGGGCAAGGUAAUUUAGGUAAUGGAAAAUGUGACAUUUGUGAUUUGGCUGGGUGUGUUGAGUUGUGGCUUUUAGAAAUACUUUAUAACUGUUUUCAGUAUUUAUAAAAACACUAAUUAACUGUUCGCGAUGAGUAACGUAGAAGAAAAUGGAAAAAAGCCACCGAUAAGUGACUUAAAUGGCAGCGUAAACAGUGAAAAACCACGCAAAGAUUGGGUGAAAUUUGAAGAAGAUUCUCCUCUGUCCACGGUGCCUCUAUCGGAGAUAUCACCACAAGCGGCUGCUGCUGUUGUUCCCAGCACAUCCGAGUCCAUAACUUCGGCACAUCCAGCAGUAUUGAAGACUGAAUCGGUGCAUGUAAACUUAGAGCGCGGUGACAAAUCUGUGGAAGUCGCUCCUCAACCAACGUUAACUAAAAAUGUUGAAUUUGUUAACAUUCGUUCGGGUUUUUCAAAUGGGGACAUCAUAGUAACUAUACUUCCAUCAAAUACCAAGUGGCCAUGGGUAACAGCAGCACGAUUCAGGCCUGAAUUAGUUCCUGAAGAACUCAUGGCUCAAGGACUCACUCUUACUGUUGAAGAAUAUGUCCAUGCCAUGGAGUUACUUGUAAAUGAUGCCCGCUUCACUCUGUACAAUAUCUGCUACAAGCGUGUUCUUGUUUGUUGGAUAACACUUGCAUUUCUCGUGCUCCUAGCUCUACUCUUUUCUGGAUUGACAGGUCUCUUACUCUUUUCCCUUGGUGUCUUAUGGCUAGUUCUUAAUGCUGCUGCUAUAUUCCUUUGUAUGUGGAUAAAAUUAACUCUUUCCAAGGGACUGGAGCAGUGUCUGGCAAGUGUGAAUAAGUUGCUAAAUAAACAUAAAAUGAUAUUGGCCUUGGAUGAUAGAGGAAAGAUCUCUUGCCAUAAAGUUAAUCUUUGUUUCAUUUACUUUGAUUCUGGUCCAUGCGUGGCUCACAUUCAGCAGUUUAUUGAGAGUGAAGAGGGCAAAAGUAUAAUGCAAGGCUGGGAACAGAGACUUGAUGUGUCGGCACAUGAUAUAGUCAUUCAAGGAAGUCAGUCUACUAGAUUGUCUCGGAAACAGGAAAGAGGUGCGCUUCUCUAUUUGCGGUACGUGGGGCGAUGGGGCGCCAUGGCUGUCAAAAACAGACUUAACCUCAGCAGCACCGUGCCAGGCCGCCAUGGUGAGAAAUACGUCUGCCCUUGCCAGUUCAUAGAGGAGCACCUAAAAUGCAAGCCACCGGCUGGCAUUGCUAAGUUUUUCAUGUUACCGAAUCAGAAUGUUCAACUGUUUUAAAAGUGUUGUUGUAUUAUUGAAUCCGUCCAAUGUGUGUUGUAUAUAACAUAUCACGUAGGUUAAGAAAACGUUUAUGAAUAUUCUUGUUAUAGGUAUCAAUAAGUUAUUAUGUGUACCCUGUACCCCUAUCUAUUUAAUAUUUAUUGACCCGAGUGUUGAACGUCCGUAACGAUUUCAAUUUAAGCUCUAACGGGUUGUCUGUUAUGCAAUAUGCAUAUAUAAGUGUUAUUUAUGGACAGAUAUUGGUAUUUGUGACGUUCAAGCAAAGGUACCACAUUGGCGCAUGCCAUAAGGACGCUCUACCAGGUUAUUCGUAUGAAGUUAUAAGCAAAUUUCGUCCUGAUUAGUCCUUAUAAGUCGUCGGUAAGCGUCAAAGUGAUACCUUUUGCUUGGGAACUUCAUAUUUAUCGACAGUAAUACCAGAAACAAGUUACUAAUAAUUACUACUGAUCUCUAUAAAAUGAUGUGUUGCUCCUAAAUACAUUUCAUGAGGUAUCUUUAGGUACUGCAAGGUUUCAGUCCCAUAUAUUUUGUAAACCAUGAUAUAGACAACCUGUUCUUCACUACUUCAAUGAGUAUGAAAUCAUACUUUAUUUAGAUGCUAUUGGUUCAUUUAUUCCUUAUGGUGUUCAAACUGUCCCACCAUACUAAUUUACUUACACCAUAUUCCUAACUCGUAUGUAAAAUCGCACAAGUUAACAUGUUUGUAUUGAUUAUUAUAAAUAUAUAAGCAAAAAACUUAAAUAUUUUACUUUUAUGUAUACAUAUGUCAACAAAUUGCAAUAUGUACCUGUAAAAACCAUAUGAAUAAUCUCAUUAUUCUAUAAUUUAUUAACCAAGAAAAUAGUAAAAACGAAUAUGAAAUGUACGUAACUAGUAACUACCCUAGAAUUUGUUCGCCGCUUUCACUAAGAAGUGGAGACGAAAAAACAAAAUUCUACAAGCGUAUUCAUACGUACCUACAUUCAUAAGAAUCCUUGUAAAUAUUAAUAGGUUUGGUAUCGAAUAUUUAUUAUGCAUUUGUGGCCAUAAUUAUCUUAAAAGCGAAUUUAUAUAUACUGUUUAACUGAACUUCAUUAAGAAAAAGCACUCUAAGUGAAAUAGUGUUAGACACCCCAUAUACCUAUAAUGUAUUUAAUUCAUUUGAAUAAUAUCACGGAGAAUUUGAUAUUCAGUAAAAUAUUGGUGGCAAGUAGGUAUGUAGACAUAAGUCCGGUCUCCGUAAUAAAGUACCCACUCCAAUUAAAUUAUAUUUGUGGCUUUCCAUCACAGAAGGGUCCUUAUGCUUCAAGUGCAAUAAUCUGAAAUUCCAACAGAAAUUCUGAUAGAAAGGCCUUCUCUGAUGGAAAGCUACGUUUCUCUAUGCGCAGCCAUAAACGUCUAUAUUUUAAAUAUAACGUACAAGUACGUAUUUUAAGGCAUGAAUGUAUAUUACAUGAAUUAUUUGUCCUUAGCUACCUAAUGUCGGAUAUUUUGUUAUGGUAUUUUUAUCGGUAUUAUUAUUUUAUAAACUCUGAUUUGGUAGAUUAAGUUAUGAGAUUGAACAUAGAUUACAUGUAGUGGUAAUAGUUUUUUAACCCCGUCUAGGAGUAAAAAUAUGUUUUUGCGAUAACGGGAGAGGUUAUUCAAUUAUUUACAGAUUGUCAUUAUCCGUGACGUGAAUAGUAUAGAUAGAUUACAUACUUUUUAUGGGUAUAUACAAAUAAUCUCUAAAAGAUUUUUAAUGUUUUGGUUCCCUAUUUCUAGUUACCAACCAAGGGUGCCAACCCUUUGCUGUACAGCCGUCCGCCUGUAUGUCUAUAAGGCGGGCUAUAUACACUUGUGAUGUGUUAGGGUUAAGGGAAAUAUGGCUGCGUCACUCUCUUGAGGUAUUAAAGAAAAAGAUGGAACAUGAAUAAUUUAUUUUUUCGUAAUUGUAGUUACGGAAACCGUCAUUUUGUGUGACACAGCGCGGCUUUUUAAAUUAACUAUACACAGUAAAACUCGAUUAAUUUAUUACAAAUAAUAUUUUUUAUUGAUUUUUUGGACUGAAUUUAGAUCACAAUCUAAUGCAGCUAGUCAGUGAUUUUUUUCUCUUAAAUAUAUUAGCCAAAGCUCGUAAAUAUUGUUUUAAAAUUUUAGCUAAGGAAAAAGUAAUAUAUUUUGAGCUGAUUUUUUUAAACAUAAAUACUUAUCACAAUUAUCUAUGGUGAAUUUAUUGUUAAAAUAUCUACAAUACGUGUUAGUGUUACCUUUUUAAUAAAAAGGUGUUUGUAUAAGAAUAUAAUAAAUACUAUUUCUCUUCAUAUAAAUACCGUAGUAAAGCAAUAAUACAAUAUUUGGUGCAAAAUUGUUAGUCGUGAAACAUUAUGUCUAAAAUUGCAGAGUUCAAAUUAAUUGUGUAAUAAUUGAAUGAUGUAAGUAUGUUCGACUUCUCCGGCGUGAAAGUGGUUAUAUUGUUUACAUUAAUGUAUAUUACAAAAAUAUCUGCUCAUAUUUAGUAUGUAAAUAGAUGUAUGAUUACAUCUUAUAGGUACAUUCCGUCCAAAUUUGUUCAAGUACUUAAUAUAUUAGAAUUAAGCAAUACAAUUCCUUAUACACCUAUUUUUAUGUAACUUUUAAAGAAAUACAUAAUACUUUUUACUAUUUAAGACCGUUUUAUUUUAUGUCCAAUGUCCAUCAAGGGUAUCUGCUAGUUACGGAUUACGGACGUUAUUGUUGGCAAAUUUCGGGUUUCCAUUGCACUGGAAGAAAUAAAUAAAUAAAUUUCCCAUUUUUUCUUUGUA